AGUUCCAGCUCGGCCCCGGCUGGUUUGUUUGCGUUUGAUUAGUUUGUGUGAGCGAGAGUGUGUGUGUGUGUGUGUGUGUGCAGCUCCUUACUAAUAGGAACAUAAUGGAACUUUCUUAUCAAGCAAUAAAAACAGCAAACCAGGCCAGAGAAGGAGAUGAACUGAGAAUAGAGACAAGAAGAAGAAAUUUGCUUGUCUUGAUUUAUCACCAUUUAAUGGAGGAGGGGUAUGUAGAUACAGCUAGCACACUAGAACAAGAGUCCAGUUUUGGGUUGCAUCGGUUUGAAGUGUGUGACAAUGUUGACUUGGAGACAGUUUUAAUGGAGUAUGAAAGCUUUUAUUUUAUUAAGUUUCAGAAAUAUCCCAAGCUCACAAAGAAACUACAAGAACAAGGUGAGAACAGACACAUAAGAAGUUGUGGUAAGAGGAGGACCCAAACACUGCCCAGAAUCCCCUCAGUGCGACGUCCUCAGUCCAGGAAUGGGAUUAAAAAGCAGGAUUCUAAAGAAGCAGUAAAGGAUUGGACUAAAUCAGGCACUGAAAACAGAGGAUCAUCUGUCCCAGAAAGCAUGGAGUUUGGCCUAAAUGUGUCUUCUUUUAAUAAAAAUGGAGGUGGUGAGGGCACACAGAUGAAGAAGUUGGUGGAUUACCGAGGUUUCAUACAGGAUGCAAUCAAAGGAGCUUCUAAUGAAACAGCUGCACAUGGCGUGGCCUUCAAUCCUGAUCCUUCAGAGCGACUGCUGAAACCCAUCAGUGCUUUCAGUGGGAUGAACAGUGAGAUGAGAGAGUUAGCAGCUGUUAUUAGCAAAGAUAUCUAUUUACACAACCCCAAUGUGCACUGGGACGACAUUAUAGGCCUGGAGGCUGCCAAGCGAUUAGUCAAAGAGGCUGUCGUCUACCCCAUUAAGUACCCCCAACUGUUUACAGGUAUUCUGUCUCCAUGGAAAGGUCUGCUGCUCUAUGGACCUCCAGGCACAGGCAAGACUAUGCUAGCAAAAGCUGUGGCCACCGAAUGCAACACAACAUUCUUUAACAUCUCAGCAUCCAGCAUCGUCAGCAAGUGGAGAGGAGAUUCAGAGAAGUUGGUUCGGGUUUUGUUUGAGUUGGCAAGGUAUCAUGCUCCAUCGACUAUCUUUCUGGAUGAGUUGGAGUCAGUAAUGAGUCAAAGAGGUGUUGGCCAAGGAAGUGAGCAUGAAGGCAGCAGGAGGAUGAAGACAGAACUGUUAGUUCAGAUGGAUGGACUGGCACGUUCUAAUGACCUUGUGUUUGUUCUGGCUGCUUCAAAUUUACCCUGGGAGCUGGACAAUGCCAUGCUGAGAAGACUGGAAAAGAGGAUCCUGGUGGGUCUUCCUUCAGGCCCAGCAAGGAAUGCAAUGAUCCAUCACUGGCUUCCUCCAAUAAGUAACACAGGAGGGGUGGCGCUUCAGACUGAACUAGAUUAUGACUUGCUUGCACAGGAAACAGAGGGUUACUCCGGCUCAGAUAUUAGACUUGUGUGUAAGGAAGCAGCUAUGAGGCCUGUCCGAAAGAUUUUUGACACGUUGGAAAGUUCUACUGAGGGUCAAUGCAGCCUGCCACUCAUUCAGCUUGAAAUGGUAACCACAGCAGAUUUCCUGGAGGUGAUUGCUCACACCAAACCAUCAGCCAAGAACCUAAUAGACAGAUUCUCAGCUUGGGAGAGAGAGUACGAGUCUGUUUGAGCUUACAGUCUGGACUGUUUCCUGUUUACUUUAUUAAAUUAAACACAUCUACUAUGA